UGUUUGCCUCCCGCCCCGCUUCCUGUGGGCUGCCUGUUGCUCGGAGCCGGGAGGGGGCUCCCCAGAAUCCACCGCUCCUGCAGCAUGGCGCAGCAACGCGGGGUGAACAGCCUGCGCUUCAACCAGGACCAGAGCUGCUUCUGCUGCGCGAUGGAGUCCGGGGUGCGAAUCUACAACGUGGAGCCGCUCAUGGAGAAAGGGCACCUGGAUCACGAGCAGGUGGGCAGCGUGGCCCUGGUUGAGAUGCUGCAUCGAUCCAACCUCUUGGCCAUUGUAGGGGGAGGAGGGAACCCCAAAUUCUCAGAGAUCUCAGUGCUGAUUUGGGACGACGCCCGCGAGGGGAAGGGUGGCAAAGACAAGCUGGUUCUGGAAUUCACCUUCACCAAACCUGCCCUGGCCGUGCGCAUGAGACAUGACAAGAUCAUCAUUGUGCUGAGGAACCGUAUUUACGUUUAUUCCUUCCCGGAGAACCCCACCAAGCUCUUCGAGUUUGACACGCGGGACAACCCCAAAGGGCUCUGCGAUCUCUGUCCCAGUCUGGAGAAACAGCUGCUGGUGUUCCCCGGGCACAAGUGUGGCAGCCUGCAGCUGGUGGACCUGUCGAGCACCCAGCCGGGCACCUCGUCGGCGCCGUUCACCAUCAACGCCCACCAGGGCGAGAUCGCCUGCAUCUCCCUCAACCAGCCGGGCACGGUGGUGGCGUCGGCUUCCCGCCAGGGCACCCUCAUCCGCCUCUUCGACACCCAGAGCAAGGAGAAGCUGGUGGAGCUGCGCCGGGGCACGGACCCGGCCACCCUGUACUGCAUCAACUUCAGCCACGACUCGUCGUUUCUCUGCGCGUCGAGCGAAAAGGGGACGGUUCACGUCUUCGCCCUCAAGGACACGCGCCUCAACCGCCGCUCCGCGCUGGCGCGCGUGGGCAAGGUGGGCCCGGUGAUCGGCCAGUACGUGGACUCGCAGUGGAGCCUGGCCAACUUCACGGUGCCAGCGGAGUCGGCCUGUGUCUGUGCCUUCGGCCGCAGCUCCGCCAAGACCGUCAACUCCGUCAUUGCGAUCUGCGUGGACGGCACCUUCCACAAAUACGUCUUCACACCCGACGGCAACUGCAACCGAGAGGCCUUUGACGUCUACCUGGACAUCUGCGACGAUGACGACUUCUGAGGCCCCCGGGGCCGCCCCCCCCCCCCAAGGCCAGAAUCGCGUGCGGGGGGGGGGGGGGAGUGCUGUUCAUGGACUUCUAGCUCUGGGAACAUUAAACUCCAGCUGUGAGAUCCACCACCCCUCCCGCUCUCACCUGGCACCAAGAUGCAGCCUCCUCUGGGGCGGGGCAACAGCUGCACAUAACACUGCACUGGAAGGACUCACCCAGCACUGAGCUGCAGCUCAGUUUGAAACAGCUGGGGCGUGACGGGAAUUGAAUCCAGACCCCCUGGUUUCACACCCAACUGCCUGGAAGGGAAAUAGCCUGGCUUUUACCCUCUACUGCUGCUCUUUUCGCCUAGUGGCACAGACACACCCCAGCCUCAGUCGCAUUGUAAUACGCUGUAAACUCCCCCCCAUUCACCGCUUGUGUAUGGUUAUGAUAUUUUGUACAAAGUAUGCCGUGUGCGGUAUCAUUUGAAAAGCCAUAAUCUGCUGAACAUC